UCAGGUCCCGGAAAACAGUCAACCGUUAUGACAGCUGCUUGCCGUUUUUACUUCACGUUGAUGCUGUCGGCUUGCCUGCUGCCCUGGUGCAGCCCCAGCGCACAGGGCACCCGUGCUGAGAGGGUGUUCUCCCAACUGAAAGCACUGCGCGAAUGCGAGCAGCGAGCGUUCUAUGACUCCCGUAACAAGAACGACACCGCCGGAUGCGACUGGAGGUUCGACGGCUGGCACUGCUGGCCACCGACCGCACGGGGUGUCGUGGCCCGAGCGCCCUGUCCUGUUCUCCUACCUGGAGUUGUAAAUUCUUCAGUUCCAAAUUUCGCAAACAGAUGA